GACGAACCUGAGCCGAUGGAACGGAACAAACAAUGGCCUCAUCGUCUCUUUUCGUCGUCAAGCUCUCUCCCCUCGCGCUACCGCCACUUCGCUGCUCUAAUGCCGUCCGUUUCUCCCCCUCUCCACUUGCAGUCUCUCUCAAGAACAAGCUCACCUCCUCCGCAACCCUAUACGGGUCUCCUCUGCUGCUCCGGAGAACUCACUCUCCGAUCCCCUCUUCUUCUUCUUCUUCUUCCCUCUGUCGGAGAUCUUCGAGUCUCGUGGUCUUUGCUGCCAAAGGAUACAAGAUGAAGACCCACAAGGCCUCCGCGAAGCGGUUCCGGGUAACGGGGCGGGGGAAGAUUGUGAGGAGGCGGGCGGGGAAGCAGCACUUGCUGGCGAAGAAGAACACCAAGAGGAAGCUCCGGCUGUCCAAGAUGCAUCCAGUAAACAAGAGUGACUACGACAAUGUCAUUGGUGCACUACCGUACCUCAAAGUGAAUCGAAACGCAACCUGAGAGGCUCUAUUCAUGGGAUUAUAAUUUUAAGAGGAUCUGCUGCUAAAAAAAUUGUAGAGAGGUGGUUUGGUUCAUCACCAUCUAAUUAUAGCUUGCUGGGUCAGCUGUCCAAAAAUUUGCACUGGAGAGAUAAGUACUUCUGUUAAUGUAAUGCAGGCUGGUAUUUGAGAUUUAAGUUUCGAGUUAUGUGCAAAUGAAAUGAAAGGAAAGCCAUAGCUAAGUAUGGAGAAAGUGUGAAGUAACAAUGUCCACUAAAGUAUUUGGGCUACUAUAAUUGUUUUGCAAAAUUGUAUGUCUAUGAAUACUUCUACAAUUUAAUAAUAUACUUCUUUUAAUUUAAAUUUUA